AGGGGUUGGCCCCUGGAGGUGGAAGUCCCUCCAGCCAUUGACGACAUGGUGACGAACCUUAAAGUGGAUCCUCUUGCUAAGGUGGUCUCUGCCUCUACCACAUCCAUGAAGAGCCGCCAGUCAGAGCCAUAUUAUGGUACCCUUGAGACGUAUCAAGGCCUCCCUUGUCCUUAUGGUGGCUACUAUGGAUUGUACUAUCCAAGUCUUGAUGGUUCAGUUGGAGAAGCAAAGGAUAAUGGAUAUUAUAGUUAUGGAACAGAAGCUCAAUACCCAGUUAUGCAAGGUGAAAAUGGAUCUUUGGUCUACAUGAUGCCAGGGUUUCAAUCUUAUGAUGUUAGUUCCACUUAUAUGCCUAUAAGCCCGGCUUGUGUGUCAAGUCAGGCCCUUCACUCACCAAUGUAUGCAGCUCAAGGGUAUUAUCAAAACCAAUAUGGUUAUGGAGAUGUUUCAUCGCAAACUUGGGCUUUAUCUUUGUAA